GUACAUUCGAGAAGUGAGGCCUGAGUAUGAGGUGGCAAUUACCUGAAUUCUGCAGCAGCAAUCUACAGCAAAUGCUGUAGAUUGACAAUGGGAUGAUUUUGUGCUUGUUCUAUUCCGCUAGUCCUGAUACUCUAAGAAGUGACCUCGACUGGCAUCAAUUGUUCGAUCCACAGAAGAACUAACUCGCAGUGAUAGGACAGCAUCUAUUAGCCUUUCAACAGUUCAACAUGAUAUCGCCCUGCGCCUCACGCUCGCUACUCUUGUUCCACGUGGUGAUUUGCAAAUGCGUCAUAGUCUCUGCCUUUGUAUUCCUCGGAGUGUAAUUUGUACCAAUUCAUUAAGUGAUUCUUUACUGAUAAUUAUAUCACUCUUACUGGGUUCCGGGUUUUCGACCUGGAUGAAGUUCCCUAACGCAAUAUUUCUUCACGGGCCUCAAGAUCCCUCUGGCUAGGAGAGUCACAAAAAUUUCGCGAGUUUCUGCCUUCAACUUUCCUGCCCCGUUUGCGAUGUCCUCACUUGUGCUACGCUGCGUAAUCACGGUCAAGGAGAUUUUCACUAUGAUGAUUAUUACGAGCUUCGCCGCAUCCUGACGCUGAGCUGAUGCACUUUCAAUUGCCUGAAGGGAUAGCUGCGUAUUCCUUCACCUAACUUACUGCCGUCUAUUCAGGAUUUGGGGUUGAAUUUACCAACUGCAGAAGUGUGACGAGCGUCAUCUUUGACUUAUUGCCAAAUUCAUGCUUUCUCGAUCGUUUCUCCCGAUGACUACUCCUACUUCUAGCACCUUCAGCAGUGCUGCAUCGUUGAUUUCAACAUCCGAAUAUGGACAAAUGGGGUCGAGACAAGGACAGUCAACUGACGUAGUGCAACUGAUCCACGUUGAACGAAGAUUCCCUUCCGAAAACAGAGGAAGAGGCUAGUCCUGUCAACGAAUAUUUAAA